CCGCUAUAUAUAUCAGCUUGCCUCCUUUCUUGUUGUAUUCUUGUGGCUUUUUCUUUUACUCUUCCUCUGCUGCUUCUGCUUACCUCUUCCCCUAAUUCAUCCCUCCAUACUCUAUCUUACUUGUGAUCCUUCUUCGCCCCCCUAUCAAAUAAGCGAAACGAUCAAUUAUACAGCAAAACUACUCUACUCAAUCGACAUCCGACUAUGACUGCGACUCCUACCAAGACCAUCUGUGUGUUCUGCGGAUCCUCGUUCGGGAGUAACCCCGACUUUGCUGCAGAGGCAACCAAGUUGGGCCAACUGAUGGCGUCCAAAAACUACGGCCUCGUGUACGGCGGUGGUACUACCGGCUUGAUGGGCUGCAUCGCCAAGGCGGUGGCCUCCAACAACACUUACGUUCAUGGUAUCAUUCCCGACGCCUUGGUUUCGAAGGAGAGAAAGUCCAAGGACGAGAUCGAGAAAAUCAACGACCAGCUCAAAAAUAGCGUUGAAAACCACAAAGGGGAGACCCCGCUCGACGACAGUUACGGUAAAACUACGAUUGUUUCAGACAUGCACACGAGAAAGAGACUGAUGGGCCAAGAAGCCGAGGCCUUUGUUGCAAUGCCCGGUGGAUUCGGAACUUUGGAGGAGUUGUUUGAGAUAACCACGUGGUCUCAAUUGGGUAUUCACCAAAAGCCUGUGAUCUUGUUCAACAUCAACGGCUUCUACGACGAGUUGAUUAUUUUUGUCCAGAAGAGCAUUGAGGCAGGAUUCAUUUCCGAAAACAACGGGAAGAUCUUGCAAGUUGCCGCCACUCCAGAAGAAGUUCUGGAAAAGCUGGAUAACUACAAGGUCCCGGAAGGUAGGUUCAACCUAAGCUGGAAAAACCAAUGAGAUGCAUGAAGAACGCAGCCGCCCUCAUUGUCCCCUCUAUUUAUAUCGUUCCCAUAUACAAAACGUAGAGAUGUUUAGAUCUGUACUGUCUGUUUUUCUUAGAUUAAUGAAUAAAAUAUUCAUCAUAAAUCGGUCGGGCUGUUGUUUUACUAGUUGGG